UCUUACAAUAUUUUCUUUUCUCACUCUCAACUGUAUUCGAUCGACACACAAUAUGGUUUUCACGCAGCUGAGUUUAGAUGAUUUUUCGGGUAUGAGAUGCACGCGCAACAUGAAUCCUAUAGAUUAUAUGCUUGCUGUAUCUGAAGUCUCUUGCUUAAAAUCUAAGUAUGGUGAAGAAGAUAACUUAAUCGCCGAGCAAGACAAAGAAUUUCGUUAUAAGAAAGAAGAAAGGAACGUUCAGAAUAUACAGUCCAUCUUAUCAUCAUACUCACAAGUUCUUGAUCGUCGUCAACAAAAACAUCCACAAGUUCUUGAUCGUCGUCAACAAAAACAUCCCGUUCUUGAUUGCUUCGUCCCAAAGGGGAAACUAUCAAAACCAAACAGGCAGCCAAGAAAGUUUACUGAACGAUUUGAUGGUGAAGUUGAACCGAUGAUCAAGAAAGCUGUGGAAAAUAAUUCUGAAGAAGACAAAGAACAGAGAGUAGUAAAGGUUGACGAUGAGGAAAAAAAUAGAGUAGAACUAAUUGGUGUGAGCAAUCAAGAAUUUUCCGAAAACAGAGUAAACAGAGGAUCAGAAGAAUGUGAAUGUUUAUUGGUCGAAAAAUCAGGGGUAAAGAAGAGGAAAAUUAAUCAUACAGUUGAAGCCGUCGCGCCCCCUGUUGUAAUCAUCAACAUAGAAUUGAGUAGUGAAUUCAAGAAUCAGAUUGCGUUCAUUGGGGGUUCAAUUGAAUCAGCUAAAUUGGUUAUUGAAAAAAUACUAUUCGAUACGGAUGUUAAUCCAGCAGAAGGAAGGCUUUCAAUCCCACAAAAGCAGAUGAGUAAUAGGUUUCUAAAUACUGGAGAAGAACAACUUUUGAAUACGCGCAAUGGAGCUAAAAUGUCUGAGAUGAAUGUGUCGUUGAUUGAGCCUUCGCGUCAAGUAGGUCAAAUCAAUUUGAGAAAAUGGACUAUGAAUAAAAUUAAUGGAAAAACAAGUUCAAGUUAUGUUUUAGUAAAACACUGGAAUGAUGUGACAAAAAGGAACGGUUUGAAAAGCGGUAUGAAGAUGCAAUUGUGGGCAUUCCGAAAGGAUGAAAAUUUAUGUUUUGCAUUGGUUAAAGUUUAAGAUUUCAAGUUAAGUUACUUAGUAGUAACAUGAAUUCUUAGUAGUAGUUGUUGUUGUUGUCUUCAUCAUUGUCGUAACAGUAGU